UCCAGCCGGUGGGGUUAGGCCGCUGCACGCCGGAAGUGGCAGCUGAACGGGGGCACUGAGGUGUCGGCCGGCGGGGCAGUGGCCCGGAGCUGGGGGCGGGGGCGUUGAUCAUGUUUCCCUUUGGGCCCCAUAGCCCUGGAGGGGACGGAUCGGCCGGAGCCGGGGCUGAGGAGCCGACGCCCCACGAGGGGCAGGCAGCAGCCACCGGGCCGCCCUCGCCACUACAUCCCGGGGCUGAUGCGACCCAUCCCCCUCCACCCGCCCGAAGCCCUCGCCUCCCUGGCGCCCCAUCGCUGUCCCCGGCCCCGCGCUCCGGAGAGCUAGGGCUGCCUGGAGCUCCGGAGUCCUUAGCUGCCUCCGCCCCGGGAGAGCCGUCACCUCCCUCCCCUCCGUGCCGGCGGCCCGGGCCAGACUGCAGGGCCAAGAGCCGGGGCCGACACGGCCUCGGCGCGGGCCUGGGCGGCCCUGGCGCUAGGCUGUUCGGGUGGCUGAAAGAGCGCAGCCUGGGCCGCGGGCUGUUCGUGGACCCGGCGCGGGACAAUUUUCGCACCAUGACUAGCCUCUACGGUUCCAUCCACCCCGCGGACUCGGUGUACCUCAGCACCCGCACCCACGGCGCCGUCUUCAACCUCGAGUACUCGCCCGACGGGUCAGUGCUGACAGUUGCUUGUGAACAAACUGAAGUUCUGCUUUUUGACCCUAUAUCUUCAAAGCACAUAAAAACACUUUCUGAAGCUCAUGAAGACUGUGUAAAUAAUAUCAGAUUUCUUGAUAACCGGCUGUUUGCUACCUGCUCUGAUGACACUACAAUAGCACUAUGGGAUCUGAGAAAAUUGAACACCAAAGUAUGCACUUUACAUGGUCACACUAGCUGGGUGAAGAACAUCGAAUAUGAUACUAAUACAAGACUCUUAGUAACAUCAGGAUUUGAUGGAAAUGUCAUUAUUUGGGACACUAACAGGUAUACAGAAGAUGGGUGUCCACAUAAGAAAUUCUUUCACACACGUUUUCUCAUGCGAAUGAGGUUAACACCAGAUUGUUCCAAAAUGUUGAUUUCAACGUCCUCUGGAUAUCUCUUAAUUUUGCAUGAUCUUGACUUAACUAAGUCUUUAGAAGUAGGCAGCUAUCCCAUUUUAAGAGCAAGAAGAACUACUUCAAGUUCAGAUUUGACCACUUCAUCAAGUUCAUCUGGUCCUAGAGUUUCUGGCUCACCUUGUCAUCAUAGUGAUUCUAAUUCUUCUGAGAAACACAUGUCACGAGCCUCUCAAAGAGAAGGAGUUUCACCACGAAAUAGUCUUGAAGUCGUAACCCCUGAAGUUCUUGGUGAGAGUGACCACGGAAACUGCAUCACGUCCUUACAGCUGCACCCAAAAGGCUGGGCCACUCUUCUUCGGUGCUCAAGCAACAGUGAUGAUGAGGAGUGUACUUGUGUCUAUGAAUUCCAAGAAGGAGCUCCAGUGCGACCUGUCUCACCUCGCUGUUCUCUACGACUGACUCAUUACAUUGAAGAAGCCAAUGUAGGCAGGGGUUACAUCAAAGAACUUUGCUUCAGCCCCGAUGGACGAAUGAUUUCUUCCCCACAUGGCUAUGGGAUUCGCUUGUUGGGAUUUGACAAACAGUGCAGUGAACUUGUUGACUGCUUGCCCAAAGAAGCCAGUCCCCUGCGGGUGAUCCGUUCUCUGUACUCUCAUAAUGAUGUGGUACUGACAACAAAGUUCUCUCCAACACAUUGUCAGAUUGCCUCAGGGUGCCUUAGUGGACGGGUUUCUUUGUAUCAGCCAAAGUUUUAGGCACAACUUACAUCAAAUAAGGAACUCUUCUGGUGUUUGACUUAGGAAUUGCUUCAAUUUAGAUGAAGUAUUUUCUUUUUCGAAGAUCUUAUAAGUUUGGGUCAAGAUCCUGGUUCUUAUGGGUCCAUGAACACACUUGUGACCUUAGUACUUGGUCAUCCAGCAUCAUACAGGCAUCUCCAAGUUAGACUCUAUGCAGCAUCAUCUUUUUCAGCAUUCCUCUGCUCCUGCUGAUCUGUGCCACUGAACUCCAGUUCUUCUGGUCAUUUUGCAUGGUAGCUCUUGUCAAGUUCCUUCCUUCCUCACUCUCUAUUUCACUUUCCCUCUCUGUCCCUCUCUUUCUUUGUGUUUUUUGAUUUUGGUGUCAAUUUUGUGGACAUUUGGCAGGAGUUUUGACUGGGGUAGGAGAAACCCAUGACAUUAGAAUUGAAUAAAACCUAGAAUUUGGAUAUUGGCAUAUUGGUUGUUGAAAAAUAAAUUUCAUCCUCACUUAUGAGUA